GCGAGCCACAGCGAUGAAUGCCAGAUAGGACUCUAGAAAGAUAUUUAGCAGCAUCUGCGUCUUUAUCUUUUUGGAUUUUUUCAUUUUCAUCGCUCUUCUGGACCAGCUCCAGCGUAAGAAGUACUAUCUAUAGUUUGUUGUUGUGUCCUGUAAGUAGUGAUCUCCUGUUAAUUCGGGUAGAACAGCCCAGUGAUCUUUUAUUGUCAACUGCAGUUCAUCUUCGUUAGUGUACAACGAGUCAUAGAAGACCGAGUUGCUCGGUUGCAUUUUCAAUAUUACAACAUUUUGCGGUUUCAUUGUUACCCUGAAGAAUUAUUCGGAAAAGUAGGAAGGUGUCCAUCGAUUGAGAUUGUUGAAAUAAGUUUGUCGGAGAUUGAACAAGAGUCGUUGCCCACACCUGUAUUGCUAAUUUUCUCGGUAGUAUAUGUUCCACCGCAAGAACUACCACUCCCACUUUUGGAAUAGAAUACGAAUACCAGUAACUGCGUCUUCAUGAUUUUAUUACGGACAAAAAAUUGACAGGCACGAAAAAUACAGAAGAUCAAUAAAUUAUGUACAUUGAUGAUGGAACAUAGAUACAUAAACUAGCGCGACGAGGACGCAAACAGCGUGAUACCCGACGAGAUCUUUAUAGUACGACCCGACCAGGAGAAGAAAGAGAAACGGUGUCCGCGCAGUCUGUGUUGGGAAGGCGAACGUCUUGGAUAUAAUCAAUCGACUUCCUACACGAAAACUCAGUGCGCGGGGCCAAAAAGCGACGAUCCUGCGAAAAAAUAAAACGGAGGCGAGCAGGUCCCGACGUCUGAGAAAAGGAAUACACAGUGGUCGUGUACCGUCGAACAACCCAUCAAGUUCAAGUACAGAAGAGCUACUGUUCACCUCCCACCGCCGAUCGAAUGAGUGGCACUGAGGCGGAGCACGACGGGACGGGCGCACCGACGGGCCGUGGAGCAGGUAGCUCCACACUGGCUCAUCUUCCCGAUGCCGCCUUUAUGACGCCACCGCCUGCGUUGGGCCACCACUACAGCUAACCAAGAGAUAUUUAUGCAUGUGGUACCAUCGGGGUCUGGAUUUCAUUGUUUGUGCGCACUGUUGUAUUUUGAUUUGCUUUUUACGACCGCCGACUUCUCUUGAUAUUAAGGUGCAGCUAAUGCAUAAGACAAAACAGCGCACAUAAGAAGAAGAACAUGCUAAGUUUUAUUUUAUCUACAAACAUCAGCAAUAGCAACUGCGCAGUGGCAUUUCGUUUUUCGUGUGCAGCUGCAAUUCCCAGACCCGGGUCGGUGUUUCCCUCUGGUUUUUCAAUUGAUAGAAGCAGCACGACGAACGCGAUGUCUACGCCAACCCCGCGCCUUGCGCAGUCCGCACACGCGAGCUUGGGCGCAACUAGUUCGACUGGGUUGCAGCUGCACGACAGCGCCGGCCCAACAUCGACCGCACCAGCCGCUGGCAGCAACGAGCAGCGGCUUUACGGCGGCUCAUCGAAUAGUACGUCGCCCGGCGGAGAGCUGCACCAGGGCCAGGUAAACCAUGCUACAGGUGCACGUCGGCCAGGAGAUCACCUCCAUGGGCAGAAUCUAUGCAUUGCAGAAGUAUCGUACUAGUAUAAAUUGCAGACACAAACUUUGGCGAGAAGAAAAGUGGAAUUUGUAAUGCUGUUUUACCUUAGGAGGGAGAUUUGUCAUUCAUAUUUGCAAUUAGUACGACUACGAUAUUUUUGCACAGGAUAGCAUUUAUCCACAGCCAAGACGCCUCCACCGAGCAAGCAGCACGCCUUUGCCGCGGGCAACAGCUCUACUUCGUAUAUUGGCACAACUACUAGCACUACACCACCGUCGACUACAGGACCGUCGGCCCGGGGCGGCCAGCAUGCUGGUGCUGCAACAGGCUACGAGCGAGGAUCUUGGGGGGCGGGAGGUGGUAACAGCACUGGAAAUAAGAACGUGGGUGUUGUAUUGUGAGGAAAAAUCCCCCCUCCCCAUAUCGAAAAGGCAUGCUUUUCAAAAUUGGCGAUGCUGAUUUGUGGUCGCAGAUCGAGUCUGUCUUGCAAGAGAGCAAAGCCAGGGCCUCCGCUGCAUUUCGCAGGCGAUUUGUAUGCAUAGCCAGGACUUCCGCAUGCUGCUACGCUACUAGGGCAGACAUCUGCCAUGCUCAGUGCCUACCCCACGCCACCCCUUUCCGGGCUUUGUAUCUGUCUACAGUCCUCCGCCGCAAGACAAAUCCACAAAUCCUGCGUCACAGAUUUCCAUUUCGAUAUGGGGAGGGGGGAUUUUUCCAUACGAUAUCUUGCGGGGGUCAAUCCGCCUCCUCCGCCCGCUCCGCUAAUCCGAGGACACCAUCAUGCGGCGUACCUAUGCAACAAAAAAAGUGUGGAAGUAAGUGUAAGUCUGUGAUGCAGAAAAUGUACUAAAAAAAAAUGCAGCAAAACAGUUACGGUUGUCAUGCUGGCCAGCCAUUAUAGUGUUCUUUUUUUAUGCGUGUUUUCAAUGCUACUAGCUGUGCAUGACAGGAAUUUUCUGUCAUGUAGAACGAAUUUGUCAUAAUGCUGUGACCGCCCCAAGACGCCUACUCUAACGCUAACGCAGUUUUUUUCUUGGAUAGUACCAGCAACGCUUUCACAGCUCUAGCAGCGGCGUAAAUAAUACGUCCUCGUCAGGAGGUCUCGGAACCGGAACCGCCGCGACAGGUGGCGCGGCCGGAGCAGGGCAGCACUUAUGGACUGCAAAAGGAUCGCGCUUUUUUCUACUUGUCGUGUGCAAAGUCAUUAUUAUCAAUAGAUUCCAGAUAAUUUCGUGCUUCUGAAAGUAGCACUGUUCUUGAUAGACGAAUUUAGAUUUACUACACAGCAGUACUAGAGCAGAUGACAACUUCUACUUUGUUGGAGUAAGACACAUCUACUAAGUCGGUGCUCCUGCAGCUUGCCACGACACAGAUAUUAUAAUCGUAACAGGAGGUGAUGAUCCUUUUGCACAGGAUAGUGGCAGUACUCCCAGCAACAGCACCCGAAUUCGGUGAACAAGCAACGCAGAGUGCGUGGCGAGCAGCAUCUUUUCGUCGAAGAAAGCGUCUUGAAGCUGAACCUUAUCUCGUGGAAAGAACAGUUCUGCGAUCCUUAACUUUAUCGAUCCGGACGCUCGUGUUUUUCUUUUUGCUAAAGAAAAACGAGGCAGAUGAUAGAGACGUGCACGACUUCAGGAUGUUUAUUGUGCUCCUGUUGUUAAGCAAGUAGAUGGGACACUGAAGAGGUAGAGGUGGCGUAACCAGAAGUUUGCGCGAUGGAAGAUGGCCGCAUGCACAUGCUUUUACACAUUCUAUAAAUUUGUUUUCUUUUCGAAAUCAAGCAGUUGCACCCGAGGCGCGUAGUACUGCGUGCUUUUGGAAUAUUGAAGCGUGUGCAUCAACCACUUUUUCUGCGUCCGAGGCAGAAACUGGGCGUUCACGACCGAAUCGAUAGGGGUGCAGAAGUUGUUUUCUUCUCCUUGCAUAAAACUAGGAGAGUCGCGGUUCCGGCAACGGGAUCUAGAGCGCUGGUCCGACAUCACGCUCACAGAAAGUAUAAUAAUAUGAUCAUGAUGUGGUUCUUUUAUACUCUACUUUAGGCUCCUUGCAUAAAAUAAGCCUGUGACUCGACGAACAAGAAGUUGUGCUUUCUUUGUUUAUGCUGUGAAAUUACUACAAAUGCAGAAGGACGUGUCAUGCAACUGAAGCGAUCAUAACUGGAACUGGCAGCACGUUUACUAGUAAGUUUAAGUUACCAAUACCAACUACAUCCGCGCUGGGGUAGUGCAACCUGUUUCUACAAUUUCGAACUUUUAAUCAGACAAUCUACUUCUUGACCCGCUUCUGUACACCGACGUGCGCGUGGACCUGGCUGGAAACUACCUCGGGCCGUCAGCUCUAUCCUCGGAAAAAAAAAACGGACUUGCUCAAGAACAGCAAUCUUGCAAAGUAGACACAACCUCCCUGGGAGGUUAGGCCCGCCAGGUAGCGUCAUGUAGUUACUACAGUCGAAGUUUCUUCUUUCUUGAAUGAAGACGAAAAAAUUGUAUGUGAACAAGACGAAAAAAUUUAUAUAUCGAAAUCCAACUGCUCGUUGCCGCUGGCGUUGGCUUCAAAAGAAGUGUCACUGCAGCUAGUGAAGAAUGUGUUGAAUUUUUCUUCGAGUCUUGCUGGUGCUCGAUGUUUCUUUUCCGCUUCCAUAACCUGCCGGAGUGUUUUACUUCACCCAGCGGCUUCCCUUGGCGUUGCAUCAGCGGACCACCUUGUUAUGAAUUGCAAAAGUAUCGUACUCGUAUGAAAGCAUUACAAAUUUCCUCAGCAUGAGAAAUAAAAUUUGUAAUGUAGAUUUGCCUUGGAAACAAGACUUGUAAUGCAGGACUUGCAUUUAUACGAGUGCGAUACUUUUGCACAGGAUACUUGUCACUCGCUGGCAAUCAAUUGACGGGGAAGGCAAGCGGGCUAGUUUCAGGUAGAAGAACGACUUCUGCGAUUGAACAUUUUUGAAAACAAGAUGAAAACCUACAGUACGAACAAUAAUAACUCAUCUGCGAAGGGGGCUUUCCUGUUGUAGGAAGCUUGUGCUUGUAUAGAAGAAGUACUUUCCUCCUUGCAAAUAUGGUGCUGUCUACUUUUCUUUGAUUGAUAUUAACAAUCAAAGAAAAGUAGACAGCACCAAAAAAUUAAAUGAUUCCUGUGGAUUCUUACAAGACUAAUAAACUACGUACAAACUCAUUCACAUCUACUCUGCAGAUAUGAUCGAACUGGGGGUGUGGGAAGAGCUUGUAUCCCGUACAACAGCAUCGCACUCGUAGUAAUUGCGAUUAUCUAUGCAUUCAUACAAAUCUUCAUCCCAGGGUAAAACAUUUGUCAUGCAGCUGAGGUAGUUUAUUGUAAUGCAAUUACCACUGGUACGAUGCUGUUGCAAUGCAUAGCUUGACGUCAGUUGCAACUACUUCGAAAACGGGGACUUGCUCGAUUUCGUGCGCCGAGCGGUGUUCUCCGGGAAGUACCCGAAACAGGUGAACAUGCCCGUAGCGGCAAAAACGGAAUUACCCUCAUCCAGCGUUGGAGGAACAAGUAAUGCACUACAAGAACCUCCAGUCGCUGGGGACAACGAAACGAGUGGAAAAAAUGGCUAUCAUGUAUCGAGCAAAAAUCUGUUAUCGUUUAUCGAAUUGACAAUUUGAAGCGAAAGCGACUAUUUUUUUAAAGUUAGCUAGUGAGGGAGCUAUCUUUGGCCCCGACUAUUUUGAUGUAGUUAGGUGCGAUCGGUCACCCUUCUGGGGCAGCAAACGCUGAACGAGACGCGACCGAUCUUGAGGUGGUGGCGGUCGGGUUCCAGUGUCGCGCUGGCAUCCCAGGCCGGACUCGACGUCCGAUCUUUGCCUCAUGUCGCAAUUCCGCCUGAGAACGCCAAAAGAGUAGACGAAGACCACCUUGCCCGAGAAAGCUCAUGCGAAAUACCUGCCACUGCGGUUGCAGAAGUGCCGGCAAAAGAGGAGAGAUGAGGCGCAACGAAUACGGAUCGGCCUCAUCCUGUAGUCUCAGCUUCAGCCCCGAGGAGGGCUCAGACACCGCCUCGCUCUGUCUGCCCACCAUCUCGCGGCCACCAUCGUCGCCGGGCUCUGACCAGACAACUGAUUGUUGUCUUGUUAUCGGUUUGGCCUUCCGAACCGAUAAGAGGCAUUUAAACACGGCGGCACGCGGACUAUAAAAGUGACCAAAAAUGGUGCUUGUUAUCGGUUUUGCCGGAGGCCUCUGAAAAAUAGGCAAUUUGGGAGGUCAAAGUUGCCGGAUUUCCGAGUCCCUGUCCAAAACCGAUAACAUCGACGCUUUUUGGUCACUUUUAUAGUCCGCGUGGCACCGCGCUUAGCUCCAUUUUUCAGGCCAGAUCCCGGCGACGAUGGUGGCCGCAAGAUGGCGGGCAGGCAAAGGGGGGCGGUGCCCCGGUCUUGCUCGGUGCUGAGACGGGGAGUACAGGAUGAGACGGAGCGGCAUUCUUGUUGCCUCGUCCCUCCUCUUCCGCCGGCACUUUUGCAACCGCAGUGGCAGGCUUUUCGUGUGAGCUCUCCCGGAUAAGCUGGCUUUCGUGCACUCUUCUGGCGUUCUCAGGCGGGAUUGCGAGUGGGGCCAAGAUCGGACGUUGAGUCUGCCCCAGGAUGAUUUGCGCGGCAUCGGAACCCGACCGCCAGCACCUCACGAUCGGCCACGUCUCGCUCGCCGUCUGCUGCCCCAGAAGGAUGACCAAAUGCACACAACUGGAUCAAAAUAAUCAUGACAAAAGGUAGCUUCUUCAGCAGCUAACUUUAAAAAAAUUUUCGCUUUCGGUUGCAAUCGUUUAUUCGAUAACGAUAACAGAUUUUUGUUCGAGAACCUCCAGUCGCUGGGGACAUCGAGACGAGUGGAAAAAAUGGCUAUCAUACCGCGACGAACCAAAAUGCGACUUCUACUGCGGCACCCAACGGCAUCAAUCAAGGGCCACAGCUACUAUCCAAUGGCGUCGCUAGCGGAAGGGGCACGCCGACCAGUGCCAGAACCAGGUCCGUGCCACUCUUGCUGCGGUUACACAGCUAUGCAUUCUUGCAAAAGUCAUAUCGUACUAGUAGAAGUCGCAUUUUUUUACAAAUAUCGCUCAGCAUGAAGAGAAAUGACAAUGGGAUUUGUCACACGGCCGCACCUUAAGAAGGGGGUUAGGGUUUGUCAUGAUGCAUGAUUGCGAUUACUACGAAUGCGACGCUUUUGCAGUGCAUAACAGCAACCACGAGGCAGAGCUGGAAAAGGAAGCGCGAGCGGCGCUAGUGGCGGAGUUCGGGGACCGGCUGCAAUUUGUGGAAAACACGACUCUAUCCACUACAAAAGUCUUUAAAAUCGUACUUGCAUUUGGGAAGUAGUACGUGCAUCGGUUCACAACUACACAACACUUUUUCUUUUUUAGACUGAAGCAGAAUUGUGACUGAAACUGGAUUACAAUUAGAAUUUUUACAAUCAAGAUUUACAGAUUUAUUGUUGUAUGAGAAGCAUGUCCUUGUACGUGAUGUACGCGCAUUUUUAUAUAUACUUUUGUAUUGCAUAGACACCUGGCAGCGGUACCGGAAGAAAGUCAUCCUUUUCCAACAAGAACCUGGAUGAAACGGCAGGCAGGCAGGCGGAAUUCCCGCCAAUGGUGGCUGUGCUGGUACAGGAGCGCAGUUUUGCUUUUUUCCAGACCACAAAUUAAUGUAAAUAUUUUUGGUGCCCAACUUCUCGGUUUUCGUCUUUUAGAAAUAAGUUGAACGUCAACGCUUUUUGAAAUUCUCUUUUGCCCCCUACUUCUUCCAAGCAGGAUGGAUGAGGAUCGAACGAAUUAUUUGCGACGAUUUUAUCGAAGCCUGAGUCUAUUCAUUUACUUUUACCGGCAACUACCUGAUUAUAUUUUUGUCAACAUACUUAUAUAAUUUCUUCUUCAUCUAACUCUACUCAGAUCGACAACCGCUUUGGGGAGUGCUUGCCGGCUCCACGUUAUCCCGGAGAAAAAAGUGUGUGAGUGUAGGUCUGUUAUGCUGAACAUAAACUACAUUCUAAUGCUAUGUAUAUGUAGUUUGUUCUUACAACACUCUUUGUCAUGGUUGCAGAUGCGUGUAGUCCUCGGCGAUUUUCCUCACAGCGAUCUUUUAUUAUGUCCACGCAGCACCCGAUAGUACGGCUCGUGAUCUUGUUCUCUUGCUUCACAUCAAGUCUAUGUAUGUCCUCGACUGAGUACCAGAUGUGCGAAGAAGUAGGGGUGCUGAUGAGCUGUGGGAAGAGGAGGACGAUCAAGACGCUAGUAAGUACUACUAACAUAGCCCAGAGGUCGUCGUCGUGCAGCUGGUACUUCUUACACUACUAGCACAGUUUUUUUACUGGACACCCGUUGGCCGACGCAUAGUUCGUCAUCGCUCGCUGCGAGUGGUCAUCACCACGCUCACCAGCACCAUCACCACAAUUUCCAGAACUACAACGCUCACGGUGGAGCUGGUGGAGGACAUCACCACAAUAAUAACUACUACACGUCCUCCGGAGGUGGAGCAGGUGGACCACUACAGCAUCUCCACGGUGGAGCAGGUGGCGGUCCUUCACACCACCACGCAACCACCUCGUCGCACUUCUAUCACCAGCAACAUUACCAACAAACCCCUGCGGGCGCGAGUUUGAUGAAUGGCGCGACGACCACUACAGCUAUGAUAGGCGCCCCGGCCUCGACCAGCGGGGGCGGCACGAGCGCCGGUGUGGAUACGACGCAUGGAGGUGGUGGAUCUACUGGAGCAUAUAAUCGUGGUUACCACCACCAACACCACUCGUACUCAUAUCCUACUUAUGAACUGCAAAAAUAUCGUACUCGUAUAAAUGCAUUACAAAUUUCCUCAGCAUGAGAAGCAAAAUUUGUAGCGCUAAUUUGCCUUAAGAAAUGCAUUGUUGCAAUUACUACGAGUGCGAUACUUUUGCACAGGAUGCUACUUCGGGGACAGCAUCAUCCACUUCAGGGCACAUGUACAACCACGCGCACCAGCACAGCAACUACCAUGCUGGAGCUGCCGGGAAUAUCAACAGUAACGUCAGGGCCUCGGCUGCCGGGGCAGCAGCUUCAGCGCACUACCACACAGCGGGGAGUGGACACGGAGGACAUCACCCGCAUGUUCAAGAAAAUCAGAUGCAUGACUACCAAGGCAGCAGCUACAACCAUUACGCUUAUGCAUUGCAAAUAUGUCUGGUUCUGGAAGGUUGUGAUGCUGUCUUCGGAUAAUUGUAAAAAAAAAAUGUGUACUUAGUUGCAUGACCAGGAGUCCAGUUUGUGCUACGCGGGCGGGAGGGCAUUUCUUAUGCGGAAUAGGCAUCAGGAAGCCCUCUAAAAAUCUGUGAUGCUGGGUCAUGCAUUACAGGCGUCAUUGGUCGUCGACUCUAUGCAAGAUAUGCAUGACAUCAAGCCUGGUCGUAAUUAUCUUCCAGACUCAGACAUGUUUGCACUUGAUAAUGCCGGGACCACUACAACAGCGACAUCACGAGGGGGCGCGUCUGGCCGCGCCGGCAGCCCCAAUUUCGGUGCAGCUUCCGCCGGUGUAUCUUCAGGCGGUGUACUAGCAGCAAUGAACAACAACCUGAUGCACCAGCAGCACAACAGCAGCUUUUACAAUCAUGCUCAGGAUCAACAACAUCACCAACAUGAUCCUACAACUUCCCUUUCAUCCCAACAGGAUCACCAGCUUUCGCAGCACGGCGGAAUGCAAAACUUGCAGAUGAGCCACGCCUUUGGAGGUAAUAUUAACCCGCCCGGAGGUGGAGGUACUACAGCCAGUAGUGCCGCUACAACAAACUACGAUCAGCAGCUCCACCAGCAGCCCAUGGGCGGGGGCGCGCCCACAACUACAACCGGGAACGCCAUGUCGACCAACGCAAUUGGUGCUGUAGUUGGGAACAACCCGCUGUCGGGAGCUUCUGCAAUUGACGGAGCAGCAGGAGGAAAUUACAACAACCAGCACAGCAGCUUGCAGCACCACAUGAAUGAUUUUCAGCACGAUCAUUACGGAACGAUGUUGGGAGCCGAUCAGACUCAGACAGCAAACACGACCACGGGUAGUACUAGCACCAACGUGGUGCCCCCUGCUGGGACCACGAUGAACAGCUUUGUCGCCCAGCACCAGCAGCCAGACCAGUUUUACAACAAUCAGGCAGCUCCGAGUGCAGGUCAAAUGGACUACUAUGCUGCUCCUGAUGGGAUGAGUGCAAAUGCCACUGGUGGCUCUACUUUUAGUACUUCUGCAGCUUUCAACACGUCGUCGUUCCAGAGUGCAGGAGCUCCUGGGUCAGCGGGUUCUGCAGCCGCUGCCGCAAUGGCGGGGGGCGCCGCAUCUUCCAUGAUGGGCAAUCACCAAAGCGGGGCUCAGGAGAAUGUCUACAAUGUUGGUGCGGGGGCGGCGCACCAGCCGCAGCAGAUCAGCCAGUACCCACCGCCACCGCCACCCCCGGCGCUGAGUGGCCUGCUAGCAGCAGGAGCGGGUGGAGGAGCUGCAGCUGCCCAAAUUGGCAUGUCAACAAUUAUGUCGAGUAAUUCUAACUUCUUUUACCCCACGACGACCAGUAAUAGUACAAAGACACCUAAUGCGAAUGCCGGAGGCGGAGCUGCUGCAACGACAGGAAACACCCCCAACCCGGCCGUUGUACAGAGCCGACGAGGGCCGCCCGAAGCCACGACUUCUACCCCUCCUCCCCGGCACCAGCUGCACCAGCAAGUAGACAUGGGUUACAACGCAAAUUUUUCGAUUUCAUCUCUGGCGACGCCAACAAAGCAGAAAAACCAAGACCAGCAACACGCGCAUGGCGAUGGUCAUCAUGCUGGUGAUCAACAUACCAGCACGUCGGACCAGUACAACAAGUGGAGCGCCGGUGGUACCAACUUUGAUGAUCCCGCGCUGACAUCCACUGCGGGCUCGGCUUCCUCGGUCUUGCACAGCAAGUCAAACGGGCGGCGCGUGGGAGCCGCGGAGGGGUCACAGCACAUCAUGACGCCCAGCACGGCGGGAGGGCCAGGUGGACGGCGGGGCGACGCAGAGGAAGAGAUGAUUCUCUCCGGGAAGGACCUUGGGCAACGAGACCGCGACGUGGCUGGUGGUGCACCCCAGGGACGAGGAGCAGGCCCGGUGGAUGCUAUUCCUUGGAAUAAAACCGUCCCCACCUCGUAGUCAAGAUCGAUGAUCAGAGUUUUGCUACACCAAUGGGCGGCUCGCCGUGUUGUAAAGAUCGUGUUUGCUACGCCUAUGUCAAACUCGCAUGACCACGAAUUUAUCGUGUUAUCCUAAAGAUGAUGACAGCGCAACAUCAACAAAUACGAUCCAAACUACCAAUAGAAAAUACUCUUCAUCAUGGUACUGCGCAUGAUAUGAAGCGUCCUCAAAAAGCAUGCAAAGUUGCAACACGAAGCUGGGGACGAGUGGAGCCGGGGGGACGGUUUUAUUACACAGGAUAGACGCUUCGCCCUAUUCUCCUUCGGACCUAGUCGGUGGAUCUCUGGCACAGUCUGGCAGCGGUGGUCACUCUUCCUUGCACUCCACGCCAUCUGAUCUGGAAACCCCACAUAUAAUUGCUGCUUCCUCCGGAGGCGCUGGAAUGAGAUUCGCUGGAGGCGACGGAGUACUUCAUUUACUUAGUCGAGAGUCAGUUCUUUUGCUAUAUUUUUUAUCAACAUCAACAUGCGCUGCAAAAGAAAAAGGAUCGUACUCGUAGGGAGGCAUGAAAAAUUUGCGCAAAAUAAAGAAAAACAAAAACGGGGCUUGUCAACAUGCAGAUUCCAGGACGGAAGCAGAUCUGUCAUGCACGCUGGACAUGUAGUAUAAAUAUUACGAGUGCGAUGUCUGCUUUGCAGUGAUGUGCAAGAACACAAGGAGACGUUAGAAGUCCAUGCUCGUGGUCUCGAAAGCUUGUCCACUUUCACACGAGGACGAUCAAAUGAUCUCCGUGUUGAAUUCUUGAUGAAAAUCUGCUGUUGAGCGAGGUUCUUGUAUGCGUGUAUGUUGAUGUUCAGAUAGGGGAUAAAAUCUUAAAAAUUUGACUUCACUAUAUAAAGUGCAAGAACUACUUGUGUAAAACAAAUUAUUUCCCACUACAGUUUCCGGCUCUGUCUUCGGGACCCCAACGAGAUCGAGAGGGUGCAACAGCUGCCACAGGAGUAUCCUGAGUAAAAACGUACCCACACCAGAGUCAGGAUGGGGAUUUUGCAACACAAACCUAGGAGUUUUGUGAGUCACGCAUGACAAGUUGCACUCUGCAGUGUAGUGCAGGUGAACAAGUGCAGCCGCAUCACAGAUUCAUCUGCUCAUCCUGUUCACAGCAUCACAAAUUUCAAAACACGAUUGGAAAUGGCUCUCAUGGGGGUGCGCAUUACAAGUCUUCCUGUCUUUGCAAAUCUGCAUUACAACUCUGGUGUGGGUACGUUUUUACUCAGGAUAAGGAGCCGAAAAAAGUCUGUUCCCCGGCACGAACAGCACAGGAGCCCCCGCGGCGGAGUCGUUACAACCAGCAAGCGCGGGGGAUGGGAGCAUCGGUGCCCACCAGCAGCAGCACCAGAAUUUGUACCACGCAGCUGCGACGAGCAGCGAGUUCUUUCCGGCCACUGCUAUGAAAGUGCGCAAUCGUCGUGUGUCAUCUUUAUUCCCCCCUCUCAUUUGUCAUGCAAAGUAGUACCAAAACCAAAAGCGCUAGACCUAGACAUAGGCUAACUGUUCCUCAGAUGAACUGCUCGCGUGCUGACAUCAUGCUCCUUCGCAAGCGGAAUAGAACAGUAGUUCGUGUGCUGAGUGUUUGUCAUGCGAAAGGAGUACCAUGAUCAUUGUGAAGUAGCGGUUGUGCUACUGAUUCUACCUCCGAAGCUGCGUUUUAAAUGUGGGGUGCUAGUAGGGGUCGUCGGGGUUGCGCACUCUCAUAUUUUUAACCGGGCCGCGCGGUUCCGUCGAUAUCGGCAGCAGCACCGUUGCCGGUGACAGUUCUAGCAUGUUCGGAGGACAACACGGCCAAUAUCCAGGAAAAAACACCCAUCGAUCCCCAUCCAUUGUUUGCAUGACAAGCACGGGAAUUUAUGCAUGUUUUGCAUUACAAAUUGGAUGGGGCUGGGUGUUUUUCCCUGGAUAGCCAAAUUGCCACCUCCAGCGCAGUCCACCAGAUGCAGAUGUUUGGUCCGGCUGGCGGCGCUAUCAAAUGUAAAAAUGUCUGGGUCUGGAAGGUUGGAACUUGUAAUGCUGUUUUUGAAUUCCGAAAAAGUCUGUAUUGCAUGACAAGCAACAGGAGUCCAGUUUGCGUUACGCGGAGAGGGUAUUUCUCAUGCGGAAUAGGCAUCAGGAGGGUCUCUAAAAGCCUGUGAUGCUACGGCAUGCAUCACAGACGUCAUGGGUCAUGGAAAAUAUGCAUGACAAAUCUAGAAAUCUUCCAGACCCAGACAUAUUUGCAUUUGAUAGGCGCCAAGUCGGCGGCUGCGCGAGCGAUCGACAACUGGCUGCGGGGCGAGAGCUUAAUCGAGCACCCCGAGAUACACCUGCCCUGGGAGUGGUUCCUGCCCAUCACCUAUCACAUGCAAAUAUGUAGUCUGGGUCUUCUGGUGGAAAAGUGGUCGUACAAGAACGCUUGCCUUGCGCAUUCGUCUGCACAACGACCCAGGCCCGGGAGGUCUGUGAUGUACUACCAUGUACUUAGCAGUUGCCCUGGUGGCAUCAACACAGAUUCAUCUUUGAGGGCCGCUUCUACAAUUAUUCAAAGGCAGCAUCUUUGCAUAGAACAAAUUGCAGCACUUUUCCUCUUCCACCAGACCCAUUCAUCAUAUUCGCAUUUGAUAUCAUCUCCCAGCGCAUGCCCGAGUACGGAGUGUUUCAGCUGCUGGAGGGAUGGCGACAGGCCUCCGAGUGGGACACGUUGCUGCAACACACCCUGGCCGAAACGCUGUCGUGGCCUACCUGCUUAGACGAACUGACGCGGCGGGCCCCGAACUUGCAGGACGGACGCGAGGGCUUUCUGUACUGUGACCCCCUUGCCUUUUAUGCAAAGAAAAAAAUGCUUAUGCUUUACAGUUUCAGUUACACACAUGGAUAUGGCCAUCUAGUAGUAUGCAGGUCGUCGAAGAAGACCGCGGACGACAGGUCCUCACCUCUCAUCAUGCCGAGGAAAGAAAUGCGCAGAAGCCUACUUAGCACGUGUAAGUACAUGGUGUCAUACGUGAUGCUUUCCAUCCUUAUGGUCUUUACAGAAAAAAAAAGAAUUUCUCCGCCAUGCGGAGAAAAUCAAAUAUUUGUGUUGCUGAAGUUACAAUGCCUGCGGAACUGUAAAAAAAUUUCCUCGGGAUACGUUUUUUGUGAGUCGCGUGGACGUGGCCAUGUACGAAUUCAAGCCCGAGCUGAAGGAGCGCACCAGCGUGAUGAUGUGGGGUCUGUUAUCCUGUUGAAAAAUGUCGUCCCCACCGGAGACUUGUCUUUGUUAUGCAAAUCUGAAUGUUGAUCUAAACCUAAAGUAAGAUGUUUGCUCUGGCGCGCAGCUUCAUGGAAUAAACGAAAGAACGCAUAAUAUUUUCUACUGACUUCUUGUGUAUUUGAAAUUUGCAGCCGAAUAUAUAUGAAGGAGGCGAUGAUGAAUUUGCAAUGCCAAUGCAGCAGCCCUUGCUAUGACCGUGCGAGAGUCGUGGACAAGAAACCUGUCACGCGCAAGAUGAACACACACAGCUUGUCGAACAUCUGUGUAGCCAAAUGACUAUGACUUUGGGGUCGUCGUUUUUACACCGGAUAUCUGUUGGCCUGUACCAAGAGCCUCAUGGCUUUUCACAACGCUAACGUGUUCAUCUCCUACCGGAAGUUCCGAAUAGCGCUGAAGUUGGUGGUAUCCAAUGCAAUUAUGUCUGGGUCUCGAAGGAUGCAACUUCAACUUGUGAUGCCAAGGUAUGCAUCACCGACCUCAUGGGUUAUGCAAAAUCUGCAUGAGAAACUCCUGCAUUCUUCCAGACGACCCAGACAUAUUUGCAAUCCAUAGGUGGACGCCAUGUGGCUGGAGGACCCCGCUGUCGCAUCCGACCGAGACAGCUUCGUCGAGCUCAUCAAGCAGUAUGGAUUGCAAAAAUGUCUGGGUCUGGAAGAUUGCAACUUGUCAUGCUGUAUUUGGAUUGCAAAAAAAAAUCUGUAUUGCGUGACCAGCAACAGGAGUCCAGUUUGUGCUACGCGGAGAGGGCAUUUCUCAUGCGGAAUAGGCAUUAGGCAGCCCUCUAAAAAUGUGUGCUGCUAGAUCAUGCCUUACAUGCGUCAUGGAUCAUGCAAAAUAUGCAUCACAAAUCCCGGAAUCUUCCAGACCCAGACAUUUUUUACAUUUGAUAAGCAGCGCACGGCGAACAUUUUGUACAGCGCAGCUCUGGACCCCCGAUUGCGGCCGGCGGCCGAAGCUUUCAAGUACGUCUUUGACGAAAAAGUGAGCACGCUGCUGCGCGGCGCCAAGUAUCAAAAGUAAAAAUGUCUGGGUCUGGGAACUUGUGAUGCUGGGUGGCGACUCAUGCUGAGGCUGCAAAUGCUGACUCAGCAUGAGAAGUUUCUCAGCUCCCAGGUGUUGCCUACUCUGCAUGACAAACUGCGCUUUUGCAUCACAGAAAAGCGGAGCUCUUGGGUAACGUGCAUGACAGAUUUAAGAGUCAUGCCAGACAAGCAUGACAAACAUGAAUUUUUCCAGACCCAGACACUUUUACAGUUGAUACCAAGGUCAACAUGACCACAGGAGAUGAAGGACAUCAAGGCGAUCACGUCGUAUUAGCAGGAUCUUCUAUCCUAUUUAAAAAUGUCCCCAUAUCAGAGUUGUCAUGCAGAUUUGCCUGUACAGAAAAAUCUGUAAUGCGCAUGGCGCAAGAGAGGGGUUCGGAUCUGUACUCGUGUUUUGGGAUUUGUAAUGCUGUAAACUGGAUAUCAAGCAGGCGUCUUCGGAUGCUGCUGUCUUUGCUAGUAAAGAGCUCUGGACUAGUACAGAUGGAUACAAACUUGUCAUGCAUAACUCCCAAAAUUUGGAGAUUUGUGUUGCAGAUUUACCAACAACUUGACGCAUGGGCUCUUGGGGGCGUUUUUAUGCAGGAUAUUUUCAACUAGUGCUCCUUCACAUGGUGGACCACCGACGGCAACUGGCGGAGCCACCUUGGUCGCGCCACCGUCCUCGGGAGCAGGAGGGACUGCUGAUGCUCCAGGAGGUGAACACGUAGAUGGUGGACACGGACCAGCACUUGACGCUUAUGCAUUGCAAAUAAAAAUGUAGUCUGGGAGGUCUGGAAAUAAAGAUCUUUUGUGUCAUGCAAAUAAAAUAAAAAUGCUGUUUCUUAUUCUUAUGCGCGGCACAGCGCAUGCAUGGGAAGGCAUAAUUGCGAAAAUUUGCCAUACUUGGCUCCUGCACUCGACGAAAAUUAAAGCAUGUUGAAUCAUUACAAUUCGGCAUCGCAAGUUUCCAGAGCGACACCAGAUAAAUUUUUUGAAUUUGUUGAUAUUAAAGCUGCUACAAGUAGUACGGCAGACCACCUGGUGGCAGGAGCUCCGACGACGACGAGCGCGAGCGACGUGGCUGCAUGAUCUCCAACUUCGACACGUUGCCCUGCAGGACGCCAAGGUCAAAGACAGGAACAAGUGUCCUCGACGUGACAACUCACGACAUCUUCGUUUUCUACUUGCUGGUGAGCGUGAGAGCGGGGCCGGGAUGAAAAAUGCAUAUUAGAAAGGGCGGAAGGAGAUCCGUUCUUUCCGUUACCGUUUUACAAAUGAAUAUCACUACUUCUACCCGCCGCUUCGGAAACCGGUACCUGUUUGGAACAAGAAUGAAUGCCGCAACCAAGAUUUUAAAGGCGACUUGUUUACCUCUAUUGAGUAGAGUGGCACAAGAACUACAGGAUGAAUUUUAUUUCCCCAUGAAGAUCGUCGCCCUUUGAAUAAAUUUUAAUUUCUGUCGAAGCGAGGAAAAUAAAUAGCGAACACAAACGAUCGAUAUCCAAAACUAUUGAAAAAAACCCGUUCUUUUCACGGUGCAGCGUGUGUACUACUUUUGGACCAGAUCAUUCUUGUAGUUGCACUUGCACACUAGUUCUUUUUAUGUAUGUUGUUUUUGUUUUGGAGAUAAAGGUUUUGCUUCUUUUAGAAUUAUGCAGCUGGGACAGCUGCUCAGCGAACUGAUAAAGAAUACUUUUCGGCACGGCACGCAGGAUAUAGUACUCUCACUGAGGGGAAAGACACGUUCAUGUACAACCUAAGAACUUCUAUGUGCAGCCAUCAACGCAAAAAAAAGGCGAUCGAACUACUAAAGAGGCGGACUAUCGUCUUUAAGUCGACUAUUUAAAUACUGAGUACUCAAAAACUCGAACUUUCUCCCCUCGAACAGCACCAGUAAAUAAUAAAUAUACCAGUUCUGUCCUCCUCUACUAGCAUCAGAUUGUGUUUGAUGUUUCUCCAGACGAGAAGGCUGGAGAUGUGAUCUUCACGCUCGAAAAAUAUGUGUCGAACUUCGUAAUAAUUUUCUAAAAGAAAUCUAAAGAAAAACGAUUGACGACGAAAUAAAAAACCGGGAUGAAUCUCGUAGCUGUAUGUUCUUCGACGCGGGUGCAAUAUCCUUAAACAUAAACAUCUGACGAGCAACUCGAUAUCACCCUUUACCACCAAAGGAUUUACAAUCGCUUCGGUAUCAUGAUGUUCAAAAAGACUAUCCGCUUAUUUGAAGAUUCUUUCUCUUGCUGCGAAGAUUACAACAUGGAAGAUCAUCAUCAAACGGUGGAAAUGAGGAGCAAAGAAGAGCAGGGUGCUAGAAUGAGGAGAUGUAAUUUCUAUCGCUGAUCAUAAAACGGCGAGUAGCGGCUUUCUUCACACUCUUCGGGCAGUUGGUGCCUCAUCAGAUCCCGUCGGGCGGUAGAACUAUUACACGAGGCACAAGUAGUGCCCUGCAGUGGACCGCUCUCCGUGUUGACCAGUUAGAAGGUUGCUUCUAUUUGUACUUAUCCCUGGUGUUCACAAGCCGGAAGCAAGAAAAUUUUUAGAAGUAGUUGAACUUCUCAUGAUCAAAACAAAAAACAACCAUCACAUGAAGCAAUCAGAUUUUUAAGCAGGAGGAUCCACAGUCACAAUAUGAAGCAGCAUGCAAUAAAUGAUCCUGGCAAGCAUCAUGCAAUGCAUGCAAUAAAUUUUAAAAUUUAAUUGUUGAGCGUGUUAUAUGAAUCAUGGGCGAAAAGAAGGACUACUCGUGCGAAUGCUAGUUAGAUUUCAGCUUGUUGCACAUUGUCAUGCCCAUGCACAACCAGCGGCAGAAAGAUUCACAGAAGCGAUGUGUGGCUCUGGCACCCGCACCUAUCGAAGCAAGAAGCGUCUACUUGAUCCAAAAUAUGACACAUCACUUAGUUUAACGCCGCAGUUUUAAAACCAACAGCCCAUGCACAACCAGCGGCAGAAAGAUUCACAGAAGCGAUGUGUGGCUCUGGCACCCGCACCUAUCGAAGCAAGAACCGUCUACUUGAUCCAAAAUAUGACACAUCACUUAGUUUAACGCCGCAGUUUUAAAACCAACACUAAAUCUAAAUUACAAGAUCGUUAUUCGCAGAAAGAAAACGUCAUGGGUUCAAAUUUACUCACGAUGGUAUACUGCACUUGUUCAAGUGGAAAUUUUGAAGUGCUGCAACAUACACGCACAAUCGCAUUUUUUGACGCUAAAAAAAUGCUAAUUUUGUGCAGUGUAUCAUCGUGAAUGCUAAUUGUUCACCGAUGGAAUUUUUUGAUUAGCUGUUGCUUUGACUACUUCGAAAACGCUUUACAAAGUAUUUUUGAACAGUCCGCCCGUGUUCAACUCCACCCAGCAAAU